AGGUCCAGCACUGAAAGGAAGGGAUGGGAAUUGAACAACUGCUGUGGUAUUUUCUUACUCACUGCUUUUGGCUUGGAGGGAUGGGAGUUGAUGCCUCGUCAUGGACUGCUGAGGUGCCCAGCUCAGUCUCUGGCCUACAGGGCUCACCCAUUGUGAUUCCUUGCUCAUUCAAAUCCCCGGAUCCAGAGAAGAAGCCCGCUGAAUUCACUGGCAUCUGGCUCAAAGACAAAAAUGAGGUUAUAUACCACAAAGACAGCUCCAAAAUCAUUCAAGACUACAAGGGUCGUACAGAGCUGGUGGGAGACCUCCUGCAGAAGAACUGCUCUCUCAGAAUCAACCCUCUCCAUUGCAGUGACAAAGGACCCUUUACUUUCAGGAUUGAAAUCAAAGACUAUAACAAGUAUUCAUACACAGAGGACACAGUCUCCAUUGUAGUAUGCAGCUCUCCAGGCCCCCCCUCUCUGUCAGUGAUGGAGGAGGUGAAGGUGGGGGAGGAGGUAUCUGCCUCCUGCUCUGUGUCUCACUCCUGCCCAUCUGAUUCCCCUCGCAUCACCUGGAGCCACUCCGGAAUAUCCAGUGUCCAAUCACAGCAGCUGACCAAGGGCCAGUGGGAAGUGACGUCAUCCCUGACCUUUAACCCCAGCAGUACUGAUCACAACCAGUCUCUGGUCUGCACAGCAGCUUACAGGGGGGGGGGGAAGACAACGAAAACGUUGAAAACUCUCAAUGUCAAAUAUGCCCCAGUGGAUGUGAAGGUUAAGGGAGUGUCCAGUGUGAAGGAGGGAGACUCUGUAGAACUGAGAUGCUCCAGUGACAGUAACCCUGCUGCACACAGCUACCGCUGGCACAACAGCAGAGGGCGUCUGCCCACCACUGGACCCACACUCACACUGGAGAAUGUGACCAGACUCACUGAAGCCCUCUACUGCACUGCCAUCAACACAGAGGGACAAGGUCAAUCCAGCCCACUGAAGCUCAAUGUAGAGUACCCCCCUGAGAUCAAAGUGGGCUCUGCCUGCACUUCAGACAUCUCUAUGGUAACAUGUCUGUGCAUUGUGAAUUUGGAGCCCCCCGGCACUGUGGAGUGGUCUCUUCCAGCCGAACCCCUGCCCAUCCUGCCCAGUACCAGACAUGAGAGGCAUGGGUCAGUUACCAUGGUGACCCUACAGAGGGCACUAGGCUUCUCAGAGACCGUCCACUGCCAUGCCAGCAACACACAGGGCAAUGCCACCUUGUCCUUCACUGUGUCCACAAAUGAUAAGAUGUUGAUGCUAUACGUUUCAAUUGGUAUUGCUGCAUUAGUGGUGGUAGUAAUACUAGUUCCCAUGUCAGCUCUCCUAUUGAACAAGAAGGGUGGGAGGAGUCGUAGUGACCUGCCAGUAACCAGUAAGCAGGAUAUGGAUACAUCCAAGUGUGCUUCCUCAGAUCCCUCAACAUCAAGGGAGGAGCAGAAAGACACCAGCAGUGAAAUCAACACAAACUACUACACCAGCAAUCACCUAUAUGGCAACAUAGAGGCUGAAGAGGAUGGCGACCCAUUCGAGUGUGAGGGUGGAGAUGAUUCAGUCUAUGGUAACAUGUGAACACAACAGGAAGCAUGUGGAAGUCAGCUGGUUCAGAGCCAUGGUACUCAGUCUCUAAAAUGUUCCAGUGAAAUAUUAACAUUUUAACCCAAUUUAGCAUAACAGGUGACUGCUUGUAUUUGAUAGCUUCAUGUAGCUUUAUGGUUCUUAUGGCAUAAGAAUAUGGUACUUUCUUAUUUGGGCUGUGGCUUCGUGUUAUGGCUUUUACAAGGCGUUUGUUUAUUUUCUGUGGCUUGGGUGAGUUUUUACUAAAUGUUAAAUAUGCAAAAUAAAAUAACCAGUAUUUAACAAUA